AUGCGUUGCCCCUCUCCCGGCCCUUCCAACCCCCCCACUAUCCACUUCCAUCCAUUUCCACUUGUCAUUCCCUCCAUCCUCCCUUUGCCUUUCCCUCCCCUUUCCCGUGUCCUUCCCUCUAUCCCCCCCUUUGCCAAUCCCUUCAUCCCCCCGUUGCUCUUCCCUCCCUUUCUCCUUGUCCUUCCCUCCAUCCUGCCUUUACCCUUCCCUCCCUUUCGCCUUGACCUUCCCUCCAUCCCACCAUCGCCCUUCCCUCCCUUUCCCCUUGUCCUUCCAUCCAUCCCAUCUUUGCUCUUCCCUCCCUUUCCCCUUGUCCUUCCCUCCAUCCCACCUUUGCCCUUCCCUCUCUUUCCCCUUGCCCUUCCCUCCCUUUCCCCUUUCCCAUCCCUCCACCCCCCUUGGUCCUCCCCUCUGUCACCCCCUUGCCCUACCUUCCUUUACCCUUCCUGCACCAAGAAUGAAUCGUAUGAGUGCAAUAAGGCGUUUUUCCUGGAUUAUGAAGCUGAUGCUUAA